UGUUCUGUUCUUCGAUUCUCUUCAUCGUCUCACUCGAAAACCCUAGCUGUCUAUCCCCUUCGCUCUCGCCUUCGUUAUUCUUGUCUUACUUUCGGACUCCCAGCAAUGGCGUCGGCGGCGGCAAGCGAGCACACGGUGUUGCAGUUCGCGGCACCGUCGACGGCGGCGACAACGUCAACGAGCUUAACGGCGAAGGUCCACCCGCUGGUGAUAUUCAACAUCUGCGAUUGCUACGUGAGGCGACCUGACCAGGCCGAGCGGGUCAUUGGUACUCUACUCGGCUCUGUCCUAACCGAUGGCACCAUUGAUAUCCGCAAUUCCUACGCUGUUCCUCACAACGAAUCUUCCGAUCAGGUUGCUUUGGAUAUUGAUUAUCAUCACAAUAUGUUGGCAUCCCACCAAAAGGUGAAUCCAAAAGAAGUGAUUGUUGGAUGGUAUUCGACUGGUUUUGGGGUCACUGGUGGUAGCGCCCUGAUCCAUGAAUUCUACUCCAGGGAAGUGACCAACCCUGUCCAUCUAACUGUGGACCCAGGAUUCAGGAAUGGAGAGUGUAACAUAAAAGCUUAUGUUUCAGCCAAUUUGUCUCUUGGAGAUCGGCAACUUGCUGCUCAAUUUCAAGAGAUUCCUCUUGAUCUUCGCAUGGUAGAAGCUGAGCGUGUUGGAUUUGACAUUCUCAAGACAACGGCAGUUGACAAACUUCCUAGUGAUUUAGAAGGAAUGGAACUCUCAAUGGAAAGGCUACUAGCUUUGAUUGAUGAUGUAUACAAAUACGUUGAUGAUGUUGUGGAAGGGCGUGUUGCACCAGAUAACAGCAUAGGGCGAUUUCUAGCAGAUACUGUUGCAUCUCUUCCCAAAUUGCCACCAUCAGCUUUUGAUAAGCUUGUGCACGACAGCUUGCAGGACCAGUUGCUUCUUUUAUAUUUGUCGAGCAUCACCAGGACACAACUCAGUAUAGCAGAGAAAUUAAAUACAGCUGCUCAGCUGCUGUAAAUUUUCUUUUACCUGUCAGAUCAUAGGAAUCAGUCUGUCUGAAACAAUUUCUUGAGUCUUUUCCAGACUGCUGGUGAUAUAUAUCACAAACUGUGGCAGACAAGGGCAGUGAUUUUUGUUAAAAAAAAAGCUGUAAUAUUUUUUUUUGGGCGUGAUAUUGAGUAGGCAAAAUUGUCUUCAAAUUUAAAGAGAUUGUUUUAUAGUUGCUCAGUUACCAUUGAGAAACAAUGUAUUCCCCAGUGAGGUUAAGAUUAAAUUCUCUAAUUUUCCA